AUGGACUAUCACUUGCCACUUGGGCUCAUUCAUUUUGAGGUUUCCAAACCUAGUUACACGGAUUUUGAAUCUAGUGGCCUGCCAAAAUUACCCCCAUCCAUUGUCAGUUUCGCCCGGCUCCAUUCGCUACGCCGAUUGUCCCACCGAAAUUUAUGUCGCUAUGUGGACGUGAUACACCGGAAGCCAGAACGUUUGUUUGUCGUUACUGAAGCCUAUCGUCGUAGCCUAGCUACACUAUCCACACCCGUGCUGGAUGCAGCUUGGUUGGUCGCACGCUUUGUGGAGUGCUUUUCUGCAGUUCUGUAUUUGGGCGAACAGCAGCUGGUGCAUUGCUGCCUUACUCCUUCGAUCAUUAUGUUGGAUGCCAACGACAGUGUGAAGAUAGGCGGUUACGGCAUGUAUUAUGCCACUAAUUGGGGACGGGAUGUCGAGUUUCCCAUUGCGGAUCCAGUUUAUUCUGCCCCGGAGGUAUUCCUUUUGUCUGCUGUCGUUGCUAAGCGCCGAUCUUUGUGUUCGAUCCUGGAUUUCAGCUCGCCAUGCCCACUCACUGUUCAGGUGGAUGUUUGGUCGUUGGGUUUGAUAUUUUUCGAGCUUAUUUACGAAAGAGCUGUUGCGAAUCCUUUACAUCAACAUGUAGACGCGGUGACCAAAUUUGCUUCGGUGAAUCCGUUUUUAACCGUUCGGACAUUGCUAGAGGGUCUCCGUCUGUCGAAAUCAAGAGAUCUCACCUUCCCCGCAUUUUUGAAUGUCUCCGUUCAUUGUGACCCUACUCAGGCAUUGUUGGUUCGGUUGGACCAUUUGUGCAGGCGCUGCAUGAACUUCAAUCCUUUACUUCGACCCAUCCCGUCGGAAGCCAUAAUUGAACUCUGCCCGGAUUUCAUCAAAUCGACAGUCGAAUCGAAUUUAAUAGGCUUGGAGACCUGUUCCCCUGCCACAAAACAAGGACAUUUUCGACCGCCUCUCAGUAGUUCUUCAGCAGCAGUUUUGUCGUCCGUGAGCGAUGGGAGCGAUGUUUCGCAUGAAACAGCCAAGGCGAUUGAAUUCCUCUCCAGUCAAACGGAUGUUACGGAGCUUUACUAUUACUGGCAACUCACAGGUGGUAAUCUCGAUUCAGUGUGGCAAGAAGCCAUGCUACUUGGUGCUGAAACCUACAACGUUGCACAAAUUACUGCUCACGCCGUCCAAACUGGGUCUGCCAACGUAUCCUCUCCACACUAUUUCGGCGUUGGCCGAUGUACGAACCCUCCGAUUUUGCGGAUACCUGCUGUUUUGGCCAUGAUGCAACCCUCGGGUUUUAUGGACGUUCCCUACGUGAUUGAGUGUCCAGGUAACGUGAAUGAAGCACAAUCUCCCAGGUAUCAUCCCACGCCAAUAUUUUUACCUUCCCAGCGUUUACUGGAGAGGAUCAGCCACGUCCCCUUGGAGGUAUUGUACCCCUUACUGAUAGCUUGUCCCAACACGACGUCGUCAGCACACCCACACUGUGAUUUUAUGUUGACAGACCUCCCGUUUGACCGCCUGUCAUCCCUAAAGAGUAUUGGGCAACUUUUAUAUCAAAAGACACCGGAAUUGGAUGAAGUGUGUUCGCUUUCUAUUGCUUCAGACCCGAUGGAGGAUCAACCGAAUUCCGUGAAGCUCACCGAUGUUGAAUAUCAAGUCCGUCGUGUGUGCCUAUUCAAACGGCUUUUGAAUGGACUUCCGAGUACCGAGAAAUGCCUUCGUCGGGAAGCACGAAAAGACAUCCCGCCUUUCCUACGAUGCCAGACUUGGGCUGCGUUGCUUGGAGUGUAUAAAGAUCACGACUUCCGUGAGCGUUAUUCGAAAGCCCUAUGUGCGGAUGCAGGUGAUGCUACUCAGGAGCAGCUGGCUUCCGGGCGAUUGGACGAUAAAGCUGUCAAUCAGAUCGCCGUCGACUUGCCUCGUUGUCAUGCCUACGAUGGUUUGCUGGCAUCACCUAUCGGGCAGACAAGUUUGCGUCAUGUUUUGAUUUCUACUUUGCUGAUGCCACCGGGAAGUUUAGAAUAUACUCAGGGUAUGGAUUCCGUCGCUGCCGUAUUCGUGCGCCUCUGUCAUCCCGAUCAGGCAUUGGCUGCUGCCUGUCUGCAUGCUUUGUUUCAUACAAAGUUGUCCGGUUUCUUCUCAACUGGUGGGUUCACCACCGGUCUCAAGGCAUUCUUUAACGUCCUGUUUCGUCUGUUCGCUUUCCACGCUCCCGGGUUAGCUGUCACUUUGACCAACCUCAAUGUGCCUCUGGUUGGCUUGACUACCGGUUGGAUUUACACGAUGUUUGCCCAUGCAAUGCCUUUGGAUCGAACAGAGUUGUUAUGGGACACUUUGAUUGUCGGCCCACCAUCAUUCCUUAUGUUCUUCUACAUUGCCAUAUUUUUGCAGCUUGAUCAACAAGUUAACUUGCAAUCUCUUGGACUGGAAAAGUUGUGUACAAUCUUGUCCAACUUUCCAGAUAUUGAUUUGGACAAAUGCAGAGCUGAUGCGCUUCGAUUUGCACUAGCUACCCCGAUAAGUCUGACUGUGGGUCCUGAUGUGAAUAUUGGCGGUCGAGAGGCAAAUUCAAAUCUACCUGAUUCCGUUACCGGAGGCGGCAGUGCUUCCUGUCCGUUUUAUGAGAACACUUGGAAGCGGCGGCUUCUUUCGAUCCUUCUUGGACAGGAAAAGCCUGGUUCGGAACUCUGCAACAGUUGGGUGACAGAUAAUCCUUUGGUGUCUCUACUCAGUCCAGAUGAUGUUUUGGAGCACAUUUUGCGACCAGACUGUUUCGUGCUGGAUGUUCGAAGUCGAGAAGACUAUGCCAAGGGCUGCAUUCCUGGUUGCGUUCAUCGGCCUCCGUCACACCUACCUUUGUGGUCAAAUGAUGCGGAAUCAGAAAAUUCCUCUGCAGCUCCCUUCGAAUGGGAGUUUGUCGAUUGUCCGAGUGGGGAUCGGCGUCAGUCGCGCGUUAUUCCCGCAUUUCUGGCAGGCCUUAUUGUGGAGGCUGCUUGGAUCAAGGCCGUGGAAGCGCGCCAGAGGGCUGAGCAACGGCGUCUUGGCAACCGAACACGAACUCAAUCAUCUGUCGUGCGUAAUACACCAGGUCUCUUAUUAGUGAUUGGUGGCACUGAAUUCAGCUCAAACGCCAAGCCUCUUGAAGUCCCCGUAGCCAUACAGUUGGCUGACUGGCUCAUUCGUGAGGAUAUUGAUCGUGUGUGUGUUCUCAGAGGAGGGAUGCCCGCUCUUCUCAGUCUACCGACCGGGCGAGAUUACCUUAUAUGUCCAGGACCUUAACAUAUUACUUUAAAUGAUUGCAACCCUAUUUUAUUGCCAUGUCUUUCAUAAUGGACGCAAUUUUGUUCACUGCUUGUGUUGUUCACACCGCGAUUCAUUCCUGGUCAAUUUUUCCUGAGCUUUCCACAUUCUUUUUAUCUCGUUUGUGUUUUGAUUUUCUGUAAGCAAUGGCAUUUUUGGCAACUUUUGUAACAAAGCUGUACUUGCAGGAUAAAACAUACAGUUUGAGGCCUUUCAUAACUUUUGUAUUUUACCUUAUGCUGUAUCAUAC